UCUGUUCCCGUAUUACUACCAGUACCCUUUCGCACACAGAUAAAACCGCGCGUGUAUAUAUGCGCCCGCGCUCGUCGUCUCCUCACUCCUCGCCUCACCGUACUCUCCACUCCGCACCGCGCGCUGCCCCCUGUGCGUCUUCGCGCCUAGGUGUUCGAGCGGCGGCGCAGAAGGACGGAGAGGCGCCUCGUUCCCUGCCGCGCCGUGCUUCGUCCGUUGCCGCGGCCGCCGUCGUCUUCCCGGCCCCGCGGCGGACACCCCGAGCGUCUCGUGGCAGCAGGUUCGGAGCCCGACCGGUGUGGAGAGUGGACUAGCAUCACUGCAUCGGCGGUGACUCGAUUCUGCAAGCAGCGGCAGGAUGUUGGAGAAGAAGGCCGGCGAGUUCAGCGGCGAGAAGGUGAUCGCCGAGUUCGAGCGGCUGACGCGGGACGCCGCCAUUGUGCAGCGGGAGACGCUGCGGCGGAUCCUCGCCGAGAACGGCGACACCGAGUACCUGCGGGGGCUGGGCCUCGCCGGCCGCACCGACGCCGCCAGCUUCAAGCAAUGCGUGCCGCUCGCCACGCACGCCGACCUCGAGCCCUACAUUGAGCGCAUCGUCGACGGCGACGCCACGCCCGUCCUCACCGGCAAGCCCGUCACCUCCAUCUCCCUAAGCUCCGGCACGACGCAGGGGAAGCGCAAGUACCUGCUGUUCAACGAGGAGCUCGUCAAGUCCACCAUGCAGAUAUACCGGACCUCGUACGCCUUCAGGAACAGGGAGUUCCCCGUGGAGGACGGCAAGGCGCUGCAGUUCAUCUACAGCAGCCGGCAGUUCACGACCAAGGGCGGGCUGACGGCCACCACGGCGACCACCAACGUGUACCGCAGCGAGGAGUUCAAGGCGACGAUGCGCGCGGUGCAGUCGCAGUGCUGCAGCCCCGACGAGGUGAUCUUCGGCGCCGACUUCGCGCAGUCGCUCUACUGCCACCUCCUCUGCGGCCUGCUCGCCGCCGGCGAGGUGCAGAUGGUGUCGGCCACCUUCGCGCACAGCGUCGUGCUCGCCUUCCAGACCUUCGAGCGGGUGUGGGAGGAGCUCUGCGCCGACAUCCGCCGCGGCGCCCUCUCGCCGACCCGCGUCACCUCGCCGGCCGUCCGGCAGGCCGUGUCGGCGCUCCUCGCCGGGCCGAACCCGGAGCUCGCCGACGCCGUGGCGCGCAGGUGCGCCGGCCUGAGCAACUGGUACGGGGUGAUCCCGGCGCUGUGGCCCAACGCCAAGUACGUGUACGGCAUCAUGACGGGCUCCAUGGAGCACUACGUGAAGAAGCUCCGGCACUACGCGGGCGGGCUGCCGCUGGUCGCCGCCGAGUACGGCGCGUCCGAGGGGUGGAUCGGCGCCAACGUGGAGCCCGCGGCGCCGCCCGAGUCCGCCACCUUCACCGUGCUCCCCGACAUCGGCUACUUCGAGUUCAUCCCCCUCCGGCCCGGCUGCGCGGCCGCCCCCGGCCCCGACGCCUGCUACGGCGAAUCGGAGCCCGUCGGCCUGACGGACGUCGUCGCCGGCGAGCACUACGAGGUCGUCAUGACCACAUUCGCAGGGCUGUACCGGUACAGGCUGGGCGACGUGGUGCGGGUGGCCGGGUUCCACAACGCGACGCCCAAGCUCAAGUUCGUGUGCCGCCGGAACCUGGCGCUGUCCAUCAACAUCGACAAGAACAGCGAGCAGGACCUGCAGCUGGCCGUGGACGCCGCCGCCGCCAAGUUCCUCGCCGCCGAGAAGCUGGAGGUGGUGGACUACACCAGCCACGCGGACAUGUCGUCGGACCCGGGCCACUACGUGGUCUUCGUCGAGCUCAACGCCGCCGCCGCCGACGCCAGCGCCGACGUUCUGCAGGGGUGCUGCGACGAGCUGGACCGCGCCUUCGCGGACCCCGGCUACGUCGGGUCGCGGCGGUCCCGCGCCAUCGGCCCGCUGGAGCUGCGGGUGCUGCAGCGGGGGACGUUCCACCGGGUGCUCCGCCACUACCUCUCCCUGGGCGCCCCCGUGAGCCAGUUCAAGUCGCCGCGCUGCGUCGCCCGCUCCAACGCCGGCGUCCUCCAGAUCCUCGCCGCCUGCACCGCCAAGGCCUUCUUCAGCGCCGCCUACGACUGACGCAUGCGGUGGUUACAGGGUACAUGCAUCAUGCACGGUUGUCUGGGAAGAGCAGUACAGAGUUGUCCGCAUGCAGGUGAGGUUGUGUCUGUGUGUGAGUGUGUGAGUGACAGUGAUGUUGCAAAGUGUGGCCACCGGCCAAAAGUGUAUGUGUGGUGUGUCUCACGCAUGUGGCAUGUUUGCAAGGUGUAUGUAUCAAAUAUAAACCUGUCGAGUUGUCCGCGCAGCAUCUGCCAGCAUGCACCAUUGGUAACGAAGGCUGGCUAGUAGGAGUAUAUUCGUCUUGGAGAUACUUUCUUGCCAUGUUCGAUCAGAUCCGUCCGACCA